AUGUUUCAGUGUGUUAAAAAUAUAUUUUUUAUUGAUCAAUUUCGGAAUGUUUCAACAAGAGCUCAAAUAGAUGCUCAAAUUAGAGCUUUAGAGAGAACUUUUGUUAUUGAUGGUGGUGGACCAAUUUCAAAAAUCGAUGUUUGUAGUCUUCCUGCUAACUCACCUUCAGAAGAUAAUUUUUCUAUUGGUCAAUGUCUUUCUUCAGAUGCUGUUUUAUGUGGAGUUUUUGAUGGACAUGGUGGAUAUGCUUGUAGUAGAUAUGUAUCAAUUCGUCUUUUUGACUAUCUUUGUGCAGCAGUAUUACAAAAACAUAUUGUUAAAGAGAAUAUACCUUUAAUGGAAAGAUUGAAGUGGCUUAUAACAAGUACUUCAUUACGUGUUCCUCAGGAAAGAGAAGAAAGACAUAAAAAGAAUAUUGAAUCAUUUUACAAUAGUUUUAUAAAAAGUCACACCGACCAAUAUACAGUUAGAAAAGCUAUUCAAGCUGCUUUUAUAGCAUUAGACAAGGAUAUUGAAAAAGCUGCACUUCCAGAUAAUCGUGGUAUUUUUUCAAAAGAAAGUGCUUCUAUAGCUGCAACAGGUUCCUGUGCUACUGUCGCACAUAUAAGGCAGUCAAAUUUACAUGUGGCAAGUAUUGGAGAUUCUGUUGCUGUUCUUGGAAUUAGAAGUAACGAUGGAGUUUCUUCUAGGCAAUUGUCACGCCUUCAUAAUCCUGAUAAUGCUGAUGAAGUGAAAAGAAUUCGUCAAGAACAUCCUCAAAAUGAACGAGGAACUAUUUUUAAAAAUGGCAGAUUAUUAGGUGAUUUAAUUCCUUUACGUGCAUUUGGAGAUGUUCAAUUUAAACUUACCAAAGAUCUUCAAAAAAUUAUACUUUCUCCUUUAGGAUACAAAAUACCUACUGGUUUAUUAACACCACCAUAUUUAAGUGCUCUACCAGAUGUAUUUUAUCAUCAAUUAACGCCAAAUGAUAAAUUUUUAAUUAUUUGUUCAGAUGGAGUAUUUGAUUUUUUAGAUGCUGAUACAACUGUUAGGAUUGUUCAUGAUCAUCGUUGUGGUAUAGAAACACUUACCCCUUAUAGUCCUUCUGCUAACUCUACACUUGGUGAUGUAAUUUGCGAUCUUCAAGAAAGGCGUACUGGUACACAUAAAAAUCCAAUUGAUAAAAAUUCAGCAACUCAUAUUAUAAGACAUGCACUAGGUGGUGUAACAAAAAGUCUCGAUGAGCAGUAUGCUAAUCUUAAGACGCAACUUACUCAUCCCCAGGGUGUAGCAAGGUCAUAUCGUGAUGAUAUGACUGUUAUUGUUGUACAUUUCAAUGAAUCUUACUUAGAUCCUGAUGAUUAA